CUAAAUAUUGUUUUUAUUUUAGUAAAGUAAAAUCAGUUAAGUAAAACUCUCUUUACUUUAUGACACGAUUUUAAAAAAUUGACGAUGUGAAAAAUGAGCAAAUCUCGUGGCGAUCGUGGGAAAACUUCAAGUGGAAGUCAAAACACGCAACAUGUCACACAAAAUGCAAUUAUUCCUGGCAAAUUUUUAGAAUCCGAUUGGAACGAGCUUGUCGAGAUUGAAUCAGGUGAAGAUUUUAUCUGUGAUAUUGUUGCUGAAAUUUCUCAACUUGCCUGUGAUGAAGUAUUCAAGAACGCCAUACAGAAACGUGUUCAACCCUAUGCUGUAAGAGGUGCAAGAGAAAUUUUACUUGAAAUAUUAGAGUGGAACUUUUUGGAAAAUGAUGAAGGAGAGCUCGACAUAGACACUCCAUCCUGGUGUGAGGAUGAUGAACCUUUUUCAUGCAUUACUGACAGUUGGGCACAAGGUGCGAUACCAGUUAUCAAAAACAAUACCGCCACUGAAUCGUUUGAACCAGGAGAGGAGAAUAUUAAUGAAAUACCGGAAAGUAAUGAAAAUGUGCAAUUAGAGAAUGAAGGCGAUCAACGCCACGAUGGAGAAGAAGAGAAGAGUGGUGACAGAAGCGACGAGCCAGAAGAAGAUAAUGGUUGUUACUCAAAACAAAAUGAAAAUGGUGAAGAAGAAAUUGAGGAGUGUAUAUUAAAUAAUGAUGAGGUGCAACCGGAAGUGUCACCUUCGCUAGUGCUUAAACCACAACCACCUGGAAAGAGCAAAAGUUACAGUGGUAGACAAGUUCGUAACAAGAAGCUGUUCCGACCUUAUGGUGGAUCACUACCUGCUUUCCAUUCUAUCUCUUCAACACCUGUAACCGAUGACAGACCAAAACCCGGUUCUGUAAAUCCAAUUGAGAAAGUACCCGUUUUAGUUUUAUCGGAACUGUUUCAGAAAAGUCAACAUGGGCGACCACCAGGUGUUCGAGAAGCUGUAUUUGAUGAGAAAGGGAAUGUAACACGAGUGCAGAAAUUGAAUAUAGAAAGUUUACCCAAUCACAGAGUUCGUACAAAAUACAAGAUUACAGACGCUGAAGAGGACAUAAACAGGAAGGGUUCUAUAACAUCCAAGCAGAGAAGAAGUGUAUUAAAGUCGAAAGAAAACAGUGAUAAACAUAGUAAACCAGUAGCGAACUCAGCAGCACUUCUCCGUAGAUUAUAUUCUAAUGAUUCCGACGUACUGGCUGGAUUACGCACUCCUUUACCUCCUCCUAUGGUUGAUGCUAUCGAUGUUGCAGAAGGAGUUAUUAUAAGGGAAGGUGGUUUAUCAAAACAAGGACCAAGAAAGAAGACAUAUAAAAACACGAACGAAGAUUUGUAUUUGCAACCACUUUCAAGUGCGUCAACAAGAAUACUGAAUGUGAACGAUAUUGUCGUCGAAUCGACGCCGGCAAUUACUUCGUUUAAUAAUUCACAACCGUUACCAGCUAUAUCAUCUAGCUAAUCACACCUGUAUAUUUGUAAAUUGUUUAUAAGGAAUAUUAACUUUAAAAACAACAA